CAAUAGCGGAAGAGACGUGGCAAAAUAUGACUGCGAAAAUGCCUACCAGCUAGUUCCGUACAACUGGUACAUACUGGAUUAAGACAGUGUUUUGUAAUACAGGGGAUAUCCUGGGACCAACGGAGACCCUACAUUCCUCUGCUUUAAAGACGGAUCAUGGGUCUCUGCAAGUGUCCCAAAAGGAAGGUGACCAACCUAUUCUGUUUUGAGCAUCGUGUCAACGUCUGUGAACACUGCCUUGUGUCAAAUCACAACAAGUGUAUAGUUCAGUCAUACCUACAAUGGCUACAAGACAGUGACUACAAUGCUAACUGCUCCCUGUGCAACAAUCCACUCAACGCACAGGACACUGUGAGACUGGUUUGUUAUGAUUUGUUUCACUGGUCGUGUCUGAAUGACCUGGCGGCCCGGCUGCCCCUCUACACGGCCCCUGCUGGGUAUCAGUGUCCCACCUGUCAAGGCCCAGUGUUCCCACCCCCUAACCUGGCCAGUCCCAUUGCAGACACCCUGAGGGAGCAGCUCUCCUCUGUCAACUGGGCCAGAGCUGGACUGGGCCUGCCACUGAUUGAAGAGGCACCAGAGACACAAGAGAGUGCCACACAUGAUGUCACACAUGAUGUCACAGACUACAGUGACUGGUCCACCUUUGACACGCCGGCAGUGGAACCCGCAGUUACCUAUCCUACAACAGCUUAUCCCGCACACACAUACAGCCCUGACCCAACCCCUGCCUCCUCCCAGCAUCAGGAAGAGAUGGUCAUUCAAAACAAUGGAAGACUUACAACAGAGGAGCAUUCAGUCCUUAAUAUGAUUACUGCAACCACCAAUGACUCAAUUACUAUGAGUUCAACCUCAUCUCCAAGAAAGAUAUAUGACACACGAGACUCUGGUUCCUCUGUGACUCAAAUUGACUUUGAUGAUGAUAAGUAUCGGCGGCGUCCAGCUCUGAGUUGGUUUGCGCAGAUUCUCAAGAAUCGCACAGGUGCAAAGAGGAAGGCCUUGACACUAAAGCAGAGGAUCUUCAUGCUGUUAGUGGUGGGCAUCAUUGGGUUCUUCACUCUGAUCAUCAUCAUGGCCAAACUGGGCCGAGCCUCGGCAGAAUCAGACCCCAAUCUGGAUCCCAUGCUCAAUCCCAACAUCCGGGUGGGCCCCAUGUGAAUGGCUUUUCUUCUGCUCUGCUCAGCUCAGCGGUUAGGAGUGAAAUGCGGACGGCCGUAGGGGUUCUUCAAGUUCUUUUUUUUCUUUUGUGGUGGGACCAGCUGAGCAGUACCAAGCGUCUCUGGCCCGCACGCAGGACACCGCGGCUCUCUGGCCGGGACAUGGUGAGAGUGCAGCGCUGCCUCCACGGACUUGCAGAGAUAUUUACAGUGUGUAUCAACAUUUUCAGCACCUUUUAAUGUUUUUGAACACCUCAAUGUCUUCACGCUACCCCCUUAUCAGAUUAACGUAUUCUGUGUACACAUGGAUUUAAUUUACAGACACCGAUUGGUUUAGCAAUGUCUUCUCUGAUCAAACUGUUCAAUAGAUCAUAUAUUUUUCACAGGCGAUAACUGUAGCCCCCUUUUAGAGCCUUGCUGUGCUGUUGAUCUUAUGCACUCUAUUUUAGGCCUAUUGAGUAUUGGUUUGCCUUUGGGUUUUUGUUUUCUGCUUCCUACAUAGAUUACAUUCUUGGCAAGUAUAAAAGACAAUAUUUUUACCAAUUGACGCAGUUCAUGGGAAAGUACAUAUCAUUAUAUGUACUCCAGUAUCCUUUGCUAAAUUGCAUUUCCAGUGUACCAAUUACAACUAACCGUGGUCCAUGGUUUUAUGCCCAAUAUCAAUGGUGUUUCAUAUGAUGUGACUAUGUAUAACUUAUUCAACAAUCGCAGUGUUGUUUUGUGUAAUCACACACAAGGACGUUAAAAUAAAAAUGAAUGGCUUUUAUUUGUACUUGCCCUUUUGGGUAUAAAAGGCCAUGCGUUAGAUCUUGCCCAGUGAUCUUAUUUAAAACAGCUUUGUUGUAGUCUGCUAAUGGGGAAAAAACUGGAAAUAAUCUUUAUAGAGCUUACUCCAACAUUCAACUGUUACACUACUCAUCUUUCAGGUUUUUUUGUUUUGUUUUUUAUAGUUGGACAUCGUUGGAAAUGUUCAAAACGGUUAUUCAUUUGUCCCAGCAAAUUAAAUUGGUACUUCAUACAUUCAUGGUAUUGAACUACAAACGGAAUCAGACAGGAAUAGUUUGCUCCUGUAGAAAAAAAUGAUUUUUUUUUUUCUCUCUCAAAGGGGCCACACAUCUGUACAGUGACUGCAUUUGUAUAGUAGCUGACCCUCAGCUCACAAGACUUUAUUUACAUUUCUGACUAUUAAAUAAUGACCUUUCGGGAAA